AAAUGGAUAAUAAAAAAUAGGCAAAACUCCCCAAAUCUCAGAAGCUCGUCGGUCAGGAGAAAAUAACAAAUAAAAAAAAGUGCGUAAGUACUUAACACUUGUACAGUUGUACGAAGUCUUCAACUUUCCGUUUCAGAUCUCGCUCUCGGAAUUCACAAUCUAGGUUUUUGACGGAUCGAAUUUUCAAAAUCAGAAUUUCAAGAUAUUGAAAUUUUGGAAUCUGAAGAGCAAUGGUGAAGGCGAGGCAUUCCCGCUUUCCGCCGCGGAAAUCGUCGUCAUCGACGUUGAUUUUGACGGUGUUGAUCAUGUUCACGUUCGUGGUUCUGAUUCUUCUUGCUCUCGGGAUCCUCUCGAUGCCGAGUCAUCCCGGCGAUUUGCCGAAAGCAAACGAUCUCAGUACGAUUCAACAAAAUAUGAAAGUGGUGGAAAAUGAUGGGAAGGGGGAGCAGUGGGUUGAGGUGAUCUCGUGGGAGCCUCGAGCUUUUGUUUAUCAUAAUUUCUUGACCGAAGAGGAGUGUAAAUACCUAAUCAAUCUUGCCAAGCCCCAUAUGCAAAAGUCAACUGUUGUUGAUAGUGCAACUGGCAAGAGUACAGAUAGCAGGGUAAGAACAAGCUCUGGAACAUUUUUGGCUAGAGGACGAGACAAAAUUAUUAGGGACAUUGAGAAAAGAAUUUCAGAUUUCACCUUCAUACCUGUUGAGCAUGGGGAAGGACUUCAAAUUCUCCAUUAUGAACCUGGACAGAAAUAUGAGCCUCACUAUGACUACUUUAUGGAUGAGUUCAACACUAGGAAUGGGGGGCAACGCAUGGCUACCGUGCUUAUGUACCUCUCAGACGUUGAAGAAGGAGGCGAGACAGUGUUUCCUGCUGCUAAAGGGAACAUUAGUGCUGUACCUUGGUGGAAUGAAUUAUCUGAAUGUGGAAAGAAAGGACUUUCUGUUAAACCAAAGAUGGGUGAUGCGUUGCUUUUCUGGAGCAUGAAGCCUGAUGCCAGUCUAGAUUCUUCUAGUCUACAUGGAGGUUGUCCCGUGAUUAAAGGAAACAAGUGGUCAUCAACAAAAUGGAUACGUGUCAACGAAUAUAAGAUUUAAACUACUGACUUAAAAACAAUUAGUUUGUGAGUUCUUGUGAUGUAGCCGUGCUUUGUAAAGUCUCGGCAAUGCUCCCACGGAGUGUUGGGCUUCAGCCUUGAUGCUGUAAGUUUUGAUGUUCUGCUGUACCCUGCUGCUAACUUGUUUUUUUGUUUCCUUUUGAUGGGAGCCCUCUCAUGUUACUACCACAUAGAAUAAUACAAAUUUGAAAUUUUUACGAGCAUUCCAAGUCAAAAUAGUUUGGAUAUUCAGUUUCCUACAAAUGAUGUAAAACCAAGAGCUUAUAUUUAUUUAAUUUUGGGAUUUUUGCCA